UUCUCUUCGGUCUCCAUGGAAAGAAAUCCUGAUUAAAAUCAUCCACACGGAUUUCUAUAAGAUAUAAAGCAGCGAAAAACUACAAGGCAAUGUAGAAUGAAAACAAAAAUAUCUUAUGCCAGCACUUGAUGGAAGGAAUCUGUUAUUUUUAUCUCAUACAAUCUGGAAGGGGACCAGGCAAAUUUAGCUGGCCAGUUCCAAUCAAUAUAUCAUAUGUGAAAAAUAGGUGCCAAAGAGGUCUUUUAACAGACAAGGAUACAAAAUGAAAAGGCUAGAGACCAAAUCUGAUUUACAUAGGCGACUGGAGGAUGAUGUUUUGAUGGCUUCGCAAGUUGGGGACGCUGUUUGGCUGCAACAGAGCUUAGAAACUACCAAGUUGUCUCUUGGCGUGGCAAACAAUGAUGGGCUGCUGGCUAUUCAUCUUGCUGCUUUAGAGUGUCAACUGGACUGCCUGAGAAUAUUGAUAGCAAAAAUGAAUGCUGAUGUGAAUUCAAGAAGCUUAGAUGGUUGGACACCCCUUCAUCUUGCAAUAAACAACUCAUUGCCAAGAAAAUCAUUUGCUUGUGUUAGCUAUCUGCUUUCCCUUGGUGCUGACCCUUCAAGUGAAACAGACUUUGGGAUCACCCCAAUGCACCAAGCUGCUGCAUGUGGUAAUGUGCAAUGUUUGAAGUCUUUGAUAGAAGCCAAUGGACUUAUUGAUAGUACUGACGCAAGAGGACAUACUCCGUACAGUUUGGCCGAAUUGUGGAGCUAUCGAGACUGUGCUAGGAUUCUGAAACAUUUUCAAUGGGAGAAAGAUAAGAAGUCUGAAGAUAAGCUCAAAAGAAAGAUCCUUAAGGACGAGCAGGAACAAGCUAAAGCUGAAGACGAGCAAAAGAAAAAGGAAAAAAUAGAGCGGAGACUGAAAGGACAGAAAGCAUAUCAACUUUGGCUAAGCAAAAACCAGUUCGCUGAAAUGCCAAUGCUUUUUGGUCAGGAACCUUUAGAUGAAACUGACGAUGAGAGCAAAGUAACACGCAGAGGGGCAUCGCGUCAAAAUCUUUUAAGCUCUAAAGGCCAAAAGCCCAAGAAAAGUGUCGUUUCAAAGCCAGAACAGACUUCUAGUGUGCCAAAGGGAUCAAGUAAAAAGAUCGAUUUAAUACCCAUAGCUGGACCAGGAUCACCAACUCCUGGAAGAAGGUUUAAUAUUGACUUUGACAAAAGAUCGCAUAAUCUUGGCUUAGCAAAAUCGAAGACCGUUCAAAAAAGAGGCCCUCUUCAGUUUCCUGUGAUAUGAGAUGGUUUAUUGGUACCUCUGGAGCAAAGUUGAAGUAUAUGGAGAUAACACUUCACCAAUUUUCAACGAGUCUCUCCUGUAUUUGUUCAAGUAUCGCGAAUUGAAGGGGUUUCAUUGAAUACCGUCUAAGGCGAGAUUUAGCUGUAGAUGGAUAACAGAAGUGAUUGCCAACGUUAAGUUUUUCUGUUUAGGCUUUUCACUAUCCUGCUAAAAGUUAACAAUAAAUUGAAAAGCUAUCACCCCAAAAUUAACCGGGCUAUGACUGGAUUGAAAAAUCGAAGUUGUUACCAUAUGACUGCGUCCGUCAAAUUUAACAUCUUAAGUCGAACGCAACCGAGAGCAAAAAUAAUUCAAGAGAUUCUAAUGCCUCCUAUUUUCGUUUGAUUUUCUUUUUGAAGAGGCUGUCACACUACGCCAUCUUAGCUAUAACCCUGCUGACAUUUCUCAUUUGUCAUUAUAAUGAGCAAAAAUCGUGAUGUUCUUUGUCAUGCAGAAUAGAGCUGGCUGUGAAGUGUAAUUGUGGCUUCAUUCAACCCCUUCACUUUCAACCCAUUCAGCCCCUACACUAAAGAAGAUGUUUGUGCCGAGAAAUAUUAUUGAUUUUUUAUAAAUUUUUCUUAUUGCAUAAUGUAUCUUUUUUAAGUAAGAAAUAAACAAUUAUUGGUAAUAUUUUUAGAAUUAAUGAGGGACUUAGAUUUAAGAUUUCGUCUAAAUGUUGCUAAUGUAACACUAAAGCUAUUUUGGUGUCAAUAAUAUUGUACAUAUUAAUUCUUACGGGGCUAGUGUUAUCAUAUUUUUUUAAUUCAGUAGAUAGACGAUAAGUAUGAUACUCGUUGAAUUUUAUAUUGAACUGCGAAAGCCAAUGAUUGUAAAUAGAUUUCCAUUUUUCUCCACUCAUAUUUAGAAGUGUGUCUUAUAUUAUGAAACUUUAUUGUUUUUCUUCAUUUUCAAGAGGUAGUAUUCUCUCACUAAAGAAACCAAUAUAUUUACCAUAGGUUAACAGUGGCGUUUCUAAGGGGGGCUAGGGGGCCUUGGCCUCCCAGAAUUUUUAUCGGCCCCUUCAUUUGCCCCCCCCCCCCAAUUUUCUAAGAGGAUUUUUGGUUAUUGGUUAGUGUUUCCGCCCAUAUGCUUUAAACGUAGCUUUUGAUAUGACAUUUAAUUUUAUAAAACCAUUUUCUCUUAUUUGUAACAGAUUAUUUUCGUUGCUUAUAAUCUUUGUUGUUGAUGAAAAGGACAAGCGUUUUC